AAUUUCUCAAGGACACUUACUAACUUUUUCUCCUUUCUAUACCUUGCGCAAGAAGAACAAAACAGUUUAAAAGCCGGUCUUUUUUUUACUGAUUUCUAUUUUCAUUUGUAUCUUUACAAAACAAUCAAGCAAGUAUGAUCAUGGCUCCAGUCUCUUUUCCCCCUUGUCAAGCUCACUCUGCUGCUACUGCUACUCCUACUACUGCCACUACUGCCACUCCUAUUACUGGCGAUACUCUCAAUCAACAGGAGGCAAACCUCAACAACAAGAGAGCCUCCAUUCAUUAUCCAGAUGAUUCCACAGCUGCCAAACGAAUGUCGUUACAUUUUGGUCCUCGUUGUAGAUCUCACUCAGAAUCUUUGGCAAUUUCAUCAACUUCGAAUAAUAUGCCAGAGUCAUCCGAAAAGAAUGACGCUUUAUUAUCAUCAUCACCAUCAUCACUAUCAACGACGUUACCAAUGUCGUCGUCAUCGUCAUCGCUCUCCUCUUCCUCUGCAUCGCUCUCAAACAAUGAUAACCAACCAGACAAAGAGCUUUUGAAGACUCUCACAUCGUUUCUUAAAGACGAAGGCAAUACUACAGAUAAUUAUCAAGACGUCAACAACGGGGACUCUAAGAAAUCAAAUUAUGAUAAAGAAGUAGAGGCAGAAAAAGCGAUGCUCCUCGAAUCGGCUGGACCGACCACAGGGGAGGAGUCAACCGAAAAUGAUCUAGUGGUGACUGUCCGCGAUUUUGCUUACCCAAAAGUACAUCCCUACCACAUCGGCCUUUAUCCACCGGAGCCUGAAUAUGAGGAGUCGGAUUACGAAGAGGAUGAUGAUAAUGAAGCAGAAGGCGAAGAAGAGGAUCGUACUCAUGGACAUGCACGAGGAUUGUAUGAUUUCGAUGCAGAGAACUCUACAGAGCUGAGUUUCCGCGAAGGUGAAUUCCUCUGGAUCCAUUGCCGGCAAUUCCCUGGCUGGUUCUUAGGAGAGAUGGAUGGAAAGACAGGACUGGUACCUGAAAAUUAUGUCCAGCUACUCUAAAGACUACUACUACUGCAUUAAUAGUUAUUUUUUUUUAUUACAGUAGCUUUGUAAAAAGGAUAUUUGUUUUCCUGGUCUUUUUCAUUUUCCAUUCCAUAGUCGCUGGUCGAUUGUUGUCUGGUUUUUAAGACUUGACGAGACCAAACCAAC